AUGGCAGACACCGAAGAACCCCCCAUCUUCGCCAAAUACCCCUCCCUCCGCAAGAUGAUCGGCCACGAGGAAUCUGAGAUCGUCGAGUCCCACGACGGGCGCGAGAUUACCCUCCUCAAGUACAUCUACGCCCACCCGGAGCUAGACACGAAGCUCCGGGGUUCUCCAAUGGCUAUUUUAGGGGUGAUGGACGAGUUCGCCGCCCGCGAGGAUUUUCUGAUUAAUAUCGGGCCCGAGAAAGCGGGGAAGCUAGCUGUCUUGGUGCGGGAGCAUCAGCCGAGGGUUUUGGUGGAGUUAGGAGGAUAUGUUGGGUACUCUGCUAUCCUAUUCGGAAGUAUCCUGAAGGAGAUUUGGGGGGAGAACCCAGAUGAUGCGGAGCUAGAGGACGCGGACGAGGAUAGCGCGGCGGCUGGUAAGGGCAAGAGGAAGGAAAAGGCCAAGCUCUACAGCAUCGAGAUCGACCCCCUCAUUGCCUCCAUCGCCAUGAACCUCGUUAGUCUCGCAGGCCUCCAGGAUCUUGUCGAGGUCGUCGUCGGUGCCUCCGCGCACACCCUACGGCGGUUCCACGAAGAAGGAACCCUUGGCGACGGGGGGAUCGAUCUGCUAUUCAUGGACCACGAUGAGGCGCUAUACGAGGCAGACGUCAAACUAGCCGAGAAAUUCUGCUUUUUGGAGAAGGAAGGCGCGCUGGUCAUCGCCGAUAAUGUCGUGCGGCCCGGGGCACCGGGGUAUCGGGGUUAUAUGCGGAAGAACCCGCGCCUCAGUAAGAGUUGGGGGUUGCCGGGGUUGAUUGUGCCGGGGGAUCUCGAGGACGAGAUAGAGAUCAGUGUCGUGGGCCCCGGUGUGAAGUCGGUGGGCUAG